AUGAGUUUGACUUAAACUUUAUAAAAAUAUAUAGGAGGAUAAGAAUUAGAAUAUUUUGAAAAUGUAGUUAGAGAGUCAACAAAAGGAAGAAAUGAUAUCACAAAAGUGAUUGAUUCAUUGUAAAAUCGUGUAAAUGCUGAAUAUGAGUAUUCUAAGAAUUUGGAGGAUGGAAUAUCUGAAUUAUCUGUCAAUAAGAAUUCAGCAGAUUGUGCAGUCAAUUUAGAAAAAAUAAUAAGUUUGUAUUGUAAUGAAAUAAGACAAAAGAUUAAAGAGUCAAGAGCUUAUGCAUAAUUUAUCAAAGAUUAUAUCAUCAAUUAAUUGAAUUUAUUAGUAAAAGAUUAAAACAUUAAGGUUAAAGGUUUGAUCUCUGAUGGUCGAAAGUUAUCUGCAUAAUUAAAACAAGAGAAAACAGAAGUUGAAAAGGUAUAAAAAUUAUAUAGAAUAAUUAGCUUAUGAGCUAAUUAAACUAAAAAAAUAACGAUUAUUUUCAGCAUUAAAUAUAGAAGUUUUCUUAAGAGAAUCUAAGCCAAUUGCAGCCAUAAAAGAAAAAUGAAAAUACAUUAAAAUCAGAUAAACUGUUUAGAAAUCUUAAAGAACUCAGAGAAAAAUUAAAUAGUUAAUAAUCUUCAUAUGAAUAAUUCUUAUAGGGAUAUGAAUUGAGAGUUUCAAAGAUAAUAGAAGAGUUUUAAUUAUAAGAUUAAAAUAGAGUAGAUCAAUUAAAGACAGUUAUGAAUUAAUUGUUUUAGAAUGAUAGAAUUUUUGAAGUAAAAAAUUCUAAAUUAUAUAUAGAACUUGAAUUAAAUUUAAGGUGAAUAUAGUCUAUAUCGAUACAAGGAGUAGUAUUUUAAAUCCUUAGAAAUUAAAUUCAAAGAAUAGAAAAGUUUUGUUUAAUGUUCAGUUUUAAAGAUAGAAGAUAAUUGGGUAGAUCGUAUUACUCAUUUUAUUAAUACAAAAUGUUAAAAUAUUUAGUAUAAUCGAGAAUUAAUAACACUUAAUAUGGAAAUUUUGAAAAAUGACUAUGAGAAAAUUAAUUUCUUGGUUUAAUAAUAGAACUAAGAUUUUAUUACAAAUAUUUCAUUAUGUCAAGAGAGAAUUCAUAAUUAGAUGUAAGAAUUAUGGACAUCUUAAUAAGUAAAUUUAAAAUCAUUAAUAAAUUUAUUAAAUCAUAAUUUAAUUGGGAGAUAGAUAUGGGUCUUUGAGUUUUAGUAAUUCAGAUUAGAUAAAAGAUUUGAAAUAUGUUAAAUAUCAUAUUAGAAUAUAGUAGAUUUAUUGAAUUAAUUAUUGGAUUUGGUAUUAUAUAAAUUUAAUUAGAUAGUGUAUGGAUGAAUUAGAUGCAUUUACAGUGAGGAAAUUAAUAUUGAUGACUUUCACAUUUUAUAGAAUUGAAAAGACAGAGAAGAUAUUUUUGUAUGAUGGAAUUUAACAUCACUCUAUCUUUGAUAAAAUUGAUUUAUGGGAUGCCAUAUUUUUUGAAUGUUUAUAUGAAGAGAUGAAAAAAUAAUAAGAUAUGAGAAUAAAUGAGAAUAUAAAUGAUUCUAUAGAUAGGUUUUUAUUUAGUAUUUAUUUUAGGGAGAAAAAUACUGUUUUUGGAUUCUUAGGUUCAUUAAUAGAAAAUAUGUUAAGUUUUAGUCCAUCAAAAUAAAAUGUAAGAAUUUUAACAUCAAAAUAUUGUAAAUUGUAUAUGCUCAAUGAUGUUUAAAUCAAAUAGCUGUUCUAAAUCAUUGAUAAUUCUAAGUAAUAAUAAAAUUUGAGUUGA